AUGGCAGCAACAUCAACAACAUCAACAACAUCAGCUGUUCAUGUCGACUCACAAAAGCGUUUGCGCACCAAUAAAGUAGGUGAAUACAUUGGCGCGUCCGAGACGCAAUGUUUCAAUGAAUAUAAGGGUUUCAGCCUUCCAAAUGACAAUUUUGCCAUUGAGCGCGUUCCUGUUGGUAGCGUGACACCAGAGGAAUUCUUUGCCAAGUAUGUGUGCACGCGGACGCCCGUGAUUCUGACCGGUUAUUUGCAAGAUGAGGAGUUCACUGCUCCGUCCAAGUGGUCCAAGUCAGACGACCGUUUGAUUGAGCUUGCAGGUGAUACAAAGCUGACGGUUGAACGUCGUGGAGAUAUCCACGAUAAGUUUGGCAAAGGAAUGGCAGUAGAGAUGUCGCUCCGUGAAUUACUCAAUCUAAUCGCUUCAGGUGAUGAAAUGCAUUACUUGACGACGCAGGAGGUGGCGUUCGAAGAGGAUGGCCGACCUGAUAUCAUGGCUCCGUUCAUGAAGCAGCUGCAGCAGGACUUCCCUUUACGCCCCAAACUGAUGGGCCACUUGGUCCCGCAGAAUAUUAAUAUGUGGAUGGGGAACACCAAGCUCGGAUCGUCAUCAGGACUGCAUCAUGACCAUCAUGACAAUCUGUACAUUUUGAUGCGUGGCAAGAAAUGCUUCCGUCUGUACUCACCGGGGGAUGCUGACAAGAUGUACGUGCGCGGACAGAUGGUACACGUGCAUCCGAACGGUUUGAUCAACUACGUAGGAAAAGAGACUACGUCUUACGGCGCUGACCCGGCCGCGGAGAGAGAGGCACUUGCUGCGAUGGAGAAAAAUGAGGCAGAACGUGAGUUGGUUGAGGCUGAAAAAGACGUGAAAGCUGGGAAACCGGGAGCUAAAGCUCGUCUUGAGGCAGUCGAGGAGCGACUGGAAAAGGCCAUGUUCGGGGUGCUGUGUGCAGACAAUAGAGAGGGUGAAGGUGAUGAGAAAUUCGAAGGUGAAGCUUUCCACUUUGAGGAGAAUGAGGCUGAGGGAGAUGGCGAAAGCGAGAUUAGCGAGCUGGACGAAAUCGCACUGGACCCCGAAGAGGAAAUGGAGAAGAAGACGACUGCAAAGCGGGAAAUCGACGAGACUGAAAUUGCAUACCCAGCGAAUUUCAGCCAGGUUGACGCAUCCCGGUUACGUGAUGGCAAGCACGCGCAACAAGAGUUGCAAUUAGAGUUUCCCAAGUUUGGUCUAGCAAAGGUAGCGAUCUGCGAUUUAGAGGUGGGGGAAAUGUUGUUCCUCCCUGCUUCGUGGUUCCACGAGGUUGAGUCAUACGGCUCAGCGCAAGGAAAUGGUCACUUAGCCUUAAAUUAUUGGUAUCAGCCGCCGGACCAGCUUUCGACGGAGCACUUCAGUAUGCCAUAUUCAUCGCCCUUUUGGCAGCGCGAUUGGGAACAACGCUUUGCCUCCAAGGGCAAAGAGUGA